UUGACAUGCACAUAUUGAUGAUUUUAGAUUUGCAUCUAUAAGUAACUUUUAAAACCUCACAAGUUAACAAAUUGAAAAUUCAAUUUUAAUUUUUCAUGUUCAUUGCGCUUUCCCAGAAAAAUGUAUUCGCCUCAAAUUGCGCUGUCAAUUCUCCUCUGCGGUGAACGAGUUCUGACAGCUGAUAUCUUUUUUGUGUGAUGUUAUUUAUAUCAGUAGCCGAUGAUUUGCAGUUCAUUAUCAAGGAGGUGUGUUUUAUAUUGUACUAAUGGGCGUGAUAUUUAAAGAUAUUUAAACAAACUAUCAAAGCCUUUGUCUAAAUUUUGAUGUUUUGCUAAUGAUUUCCGCUGCCAGACCCACUCUAUUAUCUACCACGCUUCUUAAUCUGUAAUAAACGCCGUUUCCCGUUUUUGAGGUCCGAUAUCCCGGUUUUUGUUUAUACUACACAUCACUGGAAUCCCCGACGUUUGUCAGAAUUGACUGAGAGACAGUUUCGAGUACGUCUGCGUUGUAAGAAGCUUAGAAAUGGAUUAUUCAAGCGGGGAAGAAACACUUGAAGUGCAUUUCCUUGCCUUAAGAAUUACUGGAAUCUGAUCGCAAUGAAGCGAUCUCGGCGUGGCUUUCUGGUACGAACGUUGUUAACUAUAUGUUCUUUGUCAUUGUUUUGCUGUCUGGUUGUGAUCUUGGAGACCGUACACGAGAUUAACACUGACCGUCUUCUACGUGCUUCAGAAGUAAACAAUCAUUUUAGUGGUUUCCCUUCGGCGCUGGCUUCAUACAACGUUCAAAACACGAAAGAUGAAAUAUUACUGAAUUUGCAAUCUGAAUUAUUGUACCGGGAGCAAGGAAGAGCUCUUAAAUCUUUUUCGAAGUUGAAACAAUGGGAAGAAUAUCAAAAUUCACCAUUGUAUAACACAACAUUAGGGAAACUACCGUCAUUAUCAACUGGUCUUCUCGGUUGCAGCGAAAUAAAAGCCAUUAAAGUGGUGCGAAAUAUUGGUCGCGGCUACACCAAGACGGUGCAAAAAGGGCUCUACAGGGAUGACGAAGUCGCUAUAAAAAGCGUUCGCUUAGACAAUGAGGAUAUUAAACGCUGUGUUUUACAUCCUACGGGGAAUAGAACUGUUGAGGAAUGUUUUAUUUUCGCAAAAUACAAGUUGGCCAAGGAAAUAAUUAUGCUUCAACAGUUGCGACAUGCAAAUAUUGUGAAGCUUCUAGGUUUCUGUUGGCAAAAUGAGCUUAAUACCGCUGACCUUAUGACCCGUGGCCUUACCAUGGUAACGGAAAUUGGUUCGACGCUUGAUGUCAUCACCCUGGUGCAGCUGCCUUGGCAGGAAAGAUUCCGGAUCUGCCUUGGUCUUGCCAGAUUAUUGAGUUAUUUAGCCCAUUCUCCAAUCGGUUCGCUCCUUAUCCGGGAUUUCAAGCUGUCACAGUUCAUUCUGGUCGGCGGAGAGAUCAAGCUGACAGACUUUGACGAUGUUGACAAUGAAGAACCCGAAUGUUUGUCAAACAAGGACUGUGUUGUGAGAGGCGCUAAAGGAAAUAAAACACUGCAAUGUGAUCGAGGACGCUGCCAAGGUGUAAUCGCCGCCAAAAAUUUAGAUUACGCGAGUCGUGGUGUAAUGAGUCAUAUUCUCAUACCAGGAGCUCCGGAGAAAUUACAAAGUUACUUGAACGAGAUUAAAUACAAUCUUCAGACAUUGACUUGGAGCAGUGACGAACUUGCGUGGCAUUUGGAAAGAGUGCUCGAUCUUCUACGUUUAGGAAAACAUUUAGAACCGUACACAAGUCCGACAAAUUUCUACAAGGAACUUCCUAACGCCGACUUCCCAAAGUUACAUGAUUACGACUGUUUAAAUUCGCGUUUGUUCGGCGCAUGUCAGCUGGCAGUUUAUGACGUCACAGAGGCAAAAUACAAGUGCGACAUGGACGAUCAAUGCAAAGCUUUUGUGACUACGGCGGAAACAUUAUGGACAGGUGAGUGGAGAGAGUCUCUAUGAUGAACUAGCUGUGCUCCUUGCAAGGCUUGAGUUGGUUAUUUUCACGUUAUAUGGGUAGAGACUCUUCACUCCUGUGGCCUGGAAUUGAGUUCGCCUUCACUCCAAGGGAUUUAACAACCACGUUCCCAGGCUCCCUCCUUUGCCUCCCACGACGAGGGAAACAAAAGAAAGAGAGACUAGGAUCGAGGCUGGGGAUUUAACAAGGUUCUGUAGGAUUUUUUCUGGGUUUUCGAUCAGUUUCCCCUCUUCGAAAAGUAAAUACUAAUUUUCAGAACAUGUUUAAUUGAUAAUUUGUCUAAUUGAAAAGAAAAGCAAAACAAAACAAAAAAAGGAACGUCUCGAAAAAUAAGGGUGGCAUAAAUUUCUUUAAAAAGGCUAGUCUGCUAGACUGAGUGGCGUAAGAAACUUGGAUUUAUGGAGCGCAUUAAUUUCAGUAAUUUUUAACAUUUUGGUUGAAAUUACUGUUCCCGUUUAAUCGAAAAAUAAUUUUGGAGCAUUAUUUUGAGCAUAGAUUUCAUCUUUUUAUUAAUUCUUCACCCAUUAGUGCAUUCUUUAAAAAGUGCCGCUCGAUCGAUCGGCUUUGUGUUGCACUUCUUUUGGUUUACAAGUGUCGUUUG